AUGGGGCUCUCCAACGCAGCCAUCAUUGUCAUCGUCCUCGUCGCCUGUCUCGCAACAACUGCACUGGGAGCAUCGCUCUUUAAGCACUACAACCCCGCUGAAGGAGAGACCCCGUUCAGUCCUGGCUACGAGCAGAAGGUCUACAUGGCUGAAGUGCGAGCUCGAGGGUUUGACAGUCUGAGGCAGCUCUCCUGGGGUGGAAGAGAUCUGGAGUCUCGUUAUCCUCCAGCGGGGCCGGGCUACUAUCGCCCCCCCACUUACACCGAAGACACCAACACCAACACUUACACGAAAGACACAGGGAGCAGCUCCUAA